GUCAAUAUAACUUUUUGUACAGUACUCCUAUUUUAUAUUCAAAUCAAGAAGCACAAAAAGUUACAUCCAUUGUUUGAAUAUUCAACUAUAUAUGGAGUAAUAUAGAUUCUUCUUCAUAAAGGAAGCAUAAUUUCAAUGGCUGUAAAAAUCGUGGAGACCCACUCCCUCUCGCCACCACCCUCCGGCACCGAGCAGUCGCUCCCUCUCGUAUACUUCGACAUGAUAUGGCUCGACUUCAUUCUCACCCAGGCUCUCCACUUCUACCCCCUCAAAUGCUCCCAAUCCCAUUUCCUCAACACCAUCGUCAUCCACCUCAAAAACUCCCUCUCCCCCACUCUCCAACACUUUCACCCUCUCGCAUCCAACAUCAUCUUCCCCCUCACCGUCGCCAUCUCCGACGCCGACUUCGCCACCCUUGUCUCCAACUCCCCCAAACCCGCCGCCGAAUUCCAUCAAUUCGUCCCACAAAUGCCGCCGCCGAUUCACUCCUCCGCCGACAUCCGAUUCAGCCCCGUCGCAAUCCAACUCACCUUCUUUCCAGACGAGGGUUUCUGCGUCGGCCUCACCGUCCAUCACUCCAUUUGCGACGCCAGCACGCUCUCCCGCUUCCUCCGCCUGUGGGCCGCCUUCAACAGAGGCCGAGGAGAAGAUUCCAAAUCUGUCAAGAAUCUUCUCCCUUCCUACACCCGAGAUUCCAUCCAAGAUUCCAACAGACUAACCCUAUUCCGUUGGAAUCAAAUCAAGAAAAGCAAACCUACGGUUUCACAAACACUCCCUCUUCCUAAUUUCGACAAACUAGUCCGAGCAACGUUCACAUUAAGCGAUUCCCAAAUCGCGAAGCUCAAGAGCUUCGCCAUGAUCAAGAAUCCUUCCACUUUCGUGGUGGUCUGCGCUCAUCUCUGGACCUCCAUGGCCCGAUCGGAUGCGGCGGCGGAGGAUUCCAACGACGAGCCGUACUACUUAGGCUCUCCCGUUGACUGCCGCCGCCGCCUUGUUCCGCCGCUUCCGGACAGCUACUUCGGCAACUGCGUGAUGCCUUUGAUUGCGGUCUCCACACGAGAAACACUGAGAGGGAAUGGAGGGUUUGCGGGGGCGGUGGCGGCGGUUGUCGAGGCUAUUAAGGUAGUCGGAAAAAACACGAGGGUGUCGGAGUUUUUUUAGAAUCGAUCGGAGAUAAUGUCGGAGUUGAUCGGGAAGAAGGCGGUUUGGAUCGCGGGAUCGUCGAGGAUUGAUCAUUAUAGCGCAGAUGCAGAUUUUGGAUUGGGGAAGGCAGUUAAGUAUGAAUGUAUUCAUACUGAUUAUCAAGGAGCUGUUCAUCUUUGCAAGGGUAGACAAGGAGGAGUGGAGUUUGGGCUGGCAAUGGACAAGGGUAAGAUGGGUAUUUUUGCAGAUGUGUUUAACAAAAAUCUUAUCCUCGAUAGCAAUUUGUAAUUGGAUGAAUAGCCGAUAAAAUCAACCUGGUUCACAAUUUGUAAUUUGCAAUUAUUCUAUUAAUAUGAUUGUUCAUGUGUAAUAUAUUGUUUAUAUUUUUAAGUAAAAA